AUGCGGUCUCCGACUUUCUUACGCCUAGCCUUUGGCCUGCUGGCUGCGGGUUGCGCGAUUGCAAGCCCGUGCAAACCGAGCUCAGUCGCGACCACAUCUGCAGGCUCACCAACUAUUUCCACUGGGACUUCAUCCGAAACGUCAACUGCAUCUUCUACUACAGAUCAAUCAGCAACAACUUCUGUUCUGUCCGAGUCGGUUUCUGGAACUUAUCCAUCUUCGUCCGUCGAGCUGUCUGCUUCCGUCACAUCGCAGAUGUCAGAGACUACUACAGAAUUAAGUACAAUCGAAUCGACCACAGCAGAGCCUACCACAAUCGAGUCCACCACCACUGCGGCUGCCUCAACGACUGAGACUAUCCCUGUGCCAACCUUUAGUCUGUUCGCUACUGGCCAAGGCCCCGUAGAAGAAGAAGGUCUUCAUACCUACGACAGCGACGGCUCUGUCGCCGUGUUCGACCCCAACCCCAUCUUUGGCGACGCUUCAGUACGACCCUACAUCAUCGACUCACAGGGAAGACUUGUCAACGACCAGGGCUUCUUCCUUUGUGGAUUCUACAUCGCUACCAACGUCAACCUCGACUCGCCCGCAUCAGUUGGGACCUGCACGAACUCUGGACCGAAAAAGGCUUUUCUGAACUGCCAACUUUCUGCAGACCUCGCAAUCGAAUGUUCGGUCCCUGGCCGGUCUUGCGAGGCGAACAUGAAUGGUGAGCCUUUGUGUCAAGAGACUGGUGAACCAUGGAGCGUUUGGUCUGUUGGCGCUGUGGUUGUGGGUCAUGGUUUGUUUAUUGGGCCAAGCGACACUCCAGAUUCUUUUGAUCGUAUUGGGUUGCGCGUUGAGGAGGUGUAA